AUGCAUGAACCAGGACCGAUAUUUUGGGAUGACACCGAUGAUCGUUUCUUGGUUUGUCACGCUCAAGCGUCGUCACAGCAUGUCCUUGACGAAAUGAUUCUAACCAUGUUCGUAACAUCGGAUCAUGGUAUUCAAUUGCAAGAUCUUUCACGAAAAUCACAUGCAUGCGACGUUUUGGUCGGGCGUUUCGAGUCUCCUCAUCUUUACUUCAUGAGAAGGACUGAGUUUGAGAGCGAAGGAGGUCCGAGGGGAGAGUCUAUCGGCCGAUUCCUAAUCGCCAAGUCGUUGCGCGAGUUUUCUGGUGUAGAGAAUUGUGACCAGUCAACACGGAAGGGAAUGAUGGACUUCUGCUACUACCUCACAAUCGGCCAAAUGGAUGAAGCUUUCAAAGCAAUUCGAUUCAUUAAAAGCGAGAGUGUCUGGGAGCACAUGGCGUCGAUGAGUGUGAAGACCCGCCGUUUGGACGUGGCAGUAGUUUGCCUCGGCAAUAUGAGAAAUAUACGUGGCGCCAGAGCUCUUCGAAAGUCACAAGAAGCUGGCGAGAGUGAAGCUUUGCAAUGCGCUGCCUUGGCCGUAGAACUCGGCAUGUUGGAUGAAGCAGAAGCGAUUUAUGUCAAUGCUGGGAGGUAUGAUAUGGUGAACAAGAUCCACCAAGCGCAAAACGCCUGGAACCAGGUCGCAUCCCGUCACGAUCGGAUUCAUCUGAGAAACACCCACUACAAUUAUGCAAAGUAUUUGGAGAAAGCUGGUGCUCUUGAGCCUGCCAUAGAAAAUUUUGAGAAAUCUGGCACUCACCAUUUCGAAGUACCUCGAAUGUUCGCCGAUAGUCCGAAAAUUCUGGAAAGCUACGUGAGGCGAAAAAAAGAACCAGAACUUCAUGCAUGGUGGGCACGAUACCUUGAAAGUAUUGGUGAACUAGAUGGAGCCAUCAAUUCCUACACUGCUGCAAAGGAUAUCAUGUCACUCGUACGAAUCAAAUGCACGCAAGGGAAAUUGGAUGAGGCGGCCGCCUUAGCUCUUGAAAGCAACGAUCGUGCAGCUUGCUUUCACCUGGCUAGAAUCUACGAAGCCGAAGAAAAUUUCCCUAAAGCGGUAGAUUUCUACACCAGGGCGCAUGCCUACAACAGCGCUAUUCGCCUAGUAAAGGAGCACGACAUGCGAGAUCUUCUAGCUAAUCUAUGUCUGAUGGCUGGAGGAAGUGAGAUUGUUGAAGCGGCCAGGUAUUUCGAGGAUAUUCCAGGAUAUGUUCAUCAAGCUGUCAUGCUGUAUCAU